GCGGUAUCGGCGGCCAGCGAGGGGGAGGAGGCGGCCGGGAAUAGCGCAGCAGCAUCCCGUGUCCUCCCCUGCACCUGGAACAGCAGCGGGAGCAUCUUAGCCCCGGGCUCCUCUUCCCGCAAGACCAUAUUAUUGUUGAAGAUUAGUCAGAUGCCUUCCGUCCAUUCCCUGCCUCACAUGCUAUGUCAUGCAAGCUUUGAAACACUUAGCACCUAAUUUAAACGAAUGACUAAUUUGGCAAGCAUAAUGGAAGGCACGCAUACUGUCCUUCAAUUGCACAAACCCAUUAUGGAACUUUGUUACCUCAGCUUCUAUCUUCCAGAAGGAAAAGUCAGAGGAUUUACUUACAAGGGCUGUGUAACUCUGGAUAGAAUCAGUAGACGUUUCUGUAGCUGCUAUCAAGUAAGGGAGAGGUUAGAGAUGGAGCCAUAUGAAAAUUUUGGAAAUAUGAUUUUCAAGCAAACUACCACAAAAGACAUUCUCACUGAACUGUACAAACUAACUGCUGCAAAGGAAAAACUAUUAUCCAGUCUUUUGAGAUCACAUCAUAUUCUGGCCCUUAACGUGGAACAUCAGGAGGGAAAGCGACAGAACAUUUCUGGCGUAUCAGAACUUAAAGGUGAUGAUUAUUCCAGUUUUACAGAUCAGCGAGAGUUCCUUCUGGAUUCUACAAAUAGAGACAAUCUGAAUCACAAAAAAGUGAGGAAAUGCAGAAGAAAAGAGAGCUUUGAGGAGCUGAAACACUGGAAAGGGGGAAAAAAGAUACACGAACAACACCUUUCUUUACUGAGUGCACAAGGCAGGCAACUGGAAAAUAAGAAGAUGUACUCCAUGGGAUUUCAUACCAGGAGUUUUCCCAGUUCCUUUUCUGCUUCCAGUUGGCUAACAGGAAAAGGUAAGGAUGAUUUACCAGUAGACAAUAGUAUAUGGCCAGAAAGGUGGAUAGAAGGAGGUUAUUCUCCUGAGAGCAACCAAGCUGUGAAACUGGAUGCUGGCUUACCAAGUUCUAGUCCAAAAGACAACAAUCACAUGGUUGCAGUUGAACCAGUGGAUAAUGAAGAAUGUAUUGCCAAAGUUAGGAAGGUACAACAGAGUGUCACUUUGGUAAAGUCAUCUCAGGACAAUCUGUCCAACAAACUUGAGACAUUAAGUAAAUCUGCAGCUGCUAAAAGCUUGAAAAGUAACAAGUAUACUGAUCUGGUAUGCAAGGAGAAACCAGGGGUCACAGCUGUUGCUGAAGUAGAGGAUUCAGAAGCUUAUGUUAAAAAAGUUGCCAACCCCCCUGCAGAGUCUUUGCUUGAUUUUCACAGAGAUAAAGAAACCAUUUCUCCUGUUCCAACAACAGUUCAGAAUGAAUUUAUAUCAAGAACUGAUGUAUACUCCCUAGACAAAGCUGCUGGAGAGACUAAAAACACUGUGUUGCAGGAAAAGGAGCAAGGCUCUGGUUUGCAGUACAAAGCAGAGAGAGUGCACUUUACUGAUGAGUCAUGUAACCUUGUGGGAGCAGUCAAUAAAGCUCUUCUGAAAGUUAUGCAGAGCGACAGUUUAGAUGAAGCUGCAGAAUGGAAGAGACUGCAACAAAUUACAAGAGUAGACAGAAACUUGCCAGGCUCAAUAUAUGAGAAAAGAACGACGGUAUCCCAGGGAAGCAGCAAGCAUUUAUUUUUGAACCUGUCUGUAGAUGAAAGUACUGUUUUUUCUCAGGCAAGUAAUAAGCUGGAAGAGAAAAGGCUGCAUUCGCCCUCAUUAGUAGCAGUGAGUAAUGUUUUUAGCAAUUCAUAUCCACUAUCUAAUACACACAAACAAAUGUCACCUAUUCCUUCUCCGUUAUCUUCGAGACUGCCUAGCCCACAGCUGCAUCAUCGGAUUCUCCCAUUACCAGCGCAGAACACCGAGGACGAAUCUAUGUUCAGUGACUAUGGCAGUGGGAGACACAGCACUAUAAACUUCUCUUUCAGUGACUUGGAGCCACAGUUUUAUCUGAAGUUUUCUGAACCUGGAGAAUUGGGAUUUACCACCAGACAACCAGGCCUAUAUCAGAAUGCAACUGCAGGGCAUUUUGAAAAGCGUGCUGUACAAGAAAAAAUAACUACCCAGACACAGCAGAACUUCUGUCCAGCAGAGUCUACUUUAAAGGAUGACUUCGCUGAACGCCUGACUAAUUUGGAUGUGGCAAACAGAGAUGAAGAUACCUGGGUUUUGGAUUGCAGAUUGGGGCACUCAAACCCAUUUGCUCAGUCAAGUGAGAAAGAGAAGAUCAACAGAAAUGUGUUGCAUUUGAGCCUGGAACUGAAUCCUGACCUGAGUCCCUCAGAGCAAGAUGACAAGACUCCAGGGAGACUUCAGACUGUCUGGCCACCACCAAAAGCAAAGCAUGAAGAAGUAAAAGUAGGAUUAAAGUACACAGAAGCAGAGUACCAAGCUGCCAUCUUGCAUUUAAAGAGGGAACACAAAGAAGAAAUUGAAACAUUAAAGUCUCAGUUUGAACUCAGGGUAUUCCAUAUUCGUGGAGAACAUGCUGUAUCAACUGCUCAGCUUGAGGAAACUAUUGCACAUCUGAAGAAGGAACUCAAUAAUAAAUUAAACAGAAUAAAUGAAAAAUCAAAGGAUAUUGGUGUUUCUACUGAAGAUGAUAACCCACCAAAGACAUACCGAAAUGUAUGUAUACAGACUGACAGAGAAACUUUCAUAAAGCCUAAUGAAGAAGAAAACAGAGCUGUAAAAAAUAACCAAAUAGUACCCAAAAAGCUUAAUAUUUCUUCUUUGUCACAUAGUAUUUCUGCCCAAAGUGAAAAUAAGGACAGUUACAAGGUAUCGUCUUCAGAAAGUGUCUUACCUUCUCAACUAAAACAAAUGCUGCCUCCUCCUCCUCCACCACCACCGCUUCCUCCUCCCCUUCCAGAUUCUUCACUACGCGGUUUAGUUCCUCCACCACCACCUUUGCCAAUGGGUCUGACUUCACUGACACCUCAGUUUGGAUCUGGUCCACCACUGCCACCUCCACUUUCUGAAGGCUGUAGGAAUAAUCAAGCACCGCCACCACCACCACCGCCACCACCACUUCCAGGGCUGGGACCUCCCGUUCCUCCUCCACUGCCUGGAUCAGGGUUACCUCCACCUCCUCCACCUCCUGGGCCUGGCUUCUUCUUUAAUAGCACUUUAUCUUCAAACCAAGGUCCUCGAAAACCUGCCAUUGAACCUAGCCGUCCCAUGAAGCCUUUGUAUUGGACACGGAUACAAUUACAAGACAGCAGGAAAACUACUAUGCCAACAUUGUGGGAAUCACUAGAAGAACCUGAUAUACUUGACACUACUGAGUUUGAAUAUUUAUUCUCCAAAGACUCCACUCAGGAAAAACGAAAACCAUUAUCAGAGACUUAUGAAAAAAAACCCAAGGCCAAAAAGAUUAUCAAAUUGCUGGAUGGAAAACGGUCUCAAACUGUAGGAAUUUUAAUAUCCAGUUUGCACUUGGAGAUGAAGGAUAUUCAACAAGCUAUACUGUGUGUUGAUGACUCCAUCGUAGAUCUGGAAACACUGGAAGCACUGUAUGAAAAUAGAGCGCAAAAGGAUGAACUGGAGAAAAUCAAGCAAUAUUAUCAGACCUCAAAAGAGGAGGAACUGAAGCUUCUAGAUAAACCAGAACAAUUUUUAUAUGAGUUAUCUCAGAUCCCCAACUUCACAGAACGAGCUCAGUGUAUUAUCUUCCAAUCAGUUUUCUCUGAAGGGAUAACGUCAGUACACCGGAAAGUUGAUAUCAUAACUCGUGUUUCCAAGGCUUUGCUGAACAUGAAAAGUGUAAAGGAAAUUUUAGGUUUGAUUCUGGCUUUUGGAAAUUAUAUGAAUGGCGGGAAUAGGACCCGAGGUCAAGCUGAUGGAUUUGGUUUGGAAAUACUCCCCAAACUAAAGGACGUUAAAAGCAGAGAUAAUGGUAUUAAUCUUGUGGAUUAUGUCGUCAUAUAUUACCUACGUCAUUGUGAUAAGGAAGCAGGAACAGACAAGAGUACUUUUCCUUUACCAGAACCACAGGAUUUUUUCCAGGCCUCGCAAGUUAAGUUUGAAGACUUAAUAAAAGACUUAAGGAAACUGAAGAGAGAUCUAGAAGCCUCUGAAAAACAGAUGAAGUUAGUUUGCAGAGAGUCUUCUGAAGAGCAUCUCCAGCCCUUCAAGGAGAAAUUAGAGGAAUUCUUCCAAAAAGCUAAAGAAGAACGUAAUAAAGAAGAGAGCAGUUUGGAAAAUGCACAAAAAUGCUUUGAAGAAACAGUGGGAUACUUUGGGAUAAAGCCAAAACCUGGCGAGAAGGAGAUCACACCAAACUACGUUUUCACAGUGUGGUACGAAUUCUGUAGUGACUUCAAGACCAUUUGGAAACGAGAGAGCAAAAGCAUUUCCAAGGAACGAAUUAAAGUGGCUCAGCAAUCAGUAAGCAAGUUAACUGCAGAGAAGAAAGUUGAAACAAAGAGAAUCAAUCCUACAGCCAGCCUGAAAGAAAGGCUGCGUCAAAAGGAAGCCAGUGUGACUGCCAACUGAAAGAAGAAAGAUGAAAAUGAUAGUAGAACUUCAUACGUUGCACGAUGCUUUACUACAUCCAUGGCCCAGGAAGCACCUUAUGUUAUGUACUGAAUUCUGCUUUGCUGAUCUGUUCCAAGACAAUCCACUAAAGACUUUUCAGUUCCUUUAGAGGGGUUUGUACACUCAGUGGAGGGAAUUCUAAGAAGGUUUUUACAUGGGAAGUCAAAAUUAUUUCCUGUAACUGUUCCUUACAUUGCUUAAAGUGCAUCUUGUUAAUGGUUAUUGAAAAUAUUCUGUGCAUAAUGCAUUAAUAUGGAAGAGCUAAAAUGAGCAUUUUGGAUGCUGAGUUAAGUAAUGACUAACAACCUGUAGGUUAUUUAUAGGGCUUCAUGUAGAUGAAAGCAAAUACGCCAUUCAGCUCACAAAAGACUACUAUACAUCUUGUUACUGCAGCAGUAACUGAAAAUUGACUGAUUCUAAAUAAUUUUAUAGUGUCUAAGUAGUCAAUGCAUCUUUCUAAACCUGAUUAAAUGUAAUUAUAGAUUUAUCCUGUAUUUUACUAUAAAUAUUUUUAUAGAAGCUUCAGCUUAUGCCAUACGUUUAAAAGGAAACAAUAUUUUUCACAUGAAAAGGAAUAGCUUCAAAUUCUUUAGUUUUAUGAUUGAUGGCAUAACUGAUUCAUUAUUUUUAUGGUUUUAACCUAACAGUUCCUAAAUUUUGAGGUUCAAAAGAAAAAUGAUAAAAUGUAUAUUUUUAUUUCAGUAUGUAUUGAAAAUAUUGAUUCAUAAAAUAAUGGUUUUAUUAGUCAUUAUUCAUUGAACUAAAAUGCAACAGUAUGUCUCCAUGAAGUUACACAUUUGCCAUUAAAUCUCUUUCAAUUCUAUUGAAAGCUUUCUUUGAAACAGUGAAUAUCUCACUCUAAAAGAUAUUAUGCAGCUGCUCUUGUCCCCCUAUAUUUGCAGGAAGAAUGAGUGCAUCAUACAUUUAUAUAUACACAGAUAUAAAAAUUUAAUAAGUAAAACUUGAGGAAGAAACAAGAGUGUCACUGUCCUCCUGUAACGUUAUAACCAUUGCCUGUAAAGUAGCAGAGCCUGAAAACAACCCUACAGAAUAUCUACUGUUACUUGAAGAUUCUUAGGGCAUUUUAAGAAUUUGGACUCUUAGGAGAGAUCUUGAAGCAGAAGUUAAUUUAAGGUACAAGAGAAAAGUUAUUUUUAAAUACAAGUAGGUAACAACCUAUAAAUAGGAACAACAAAAUGAAGAAAAUGUCCAUAAAAGAGAAGUCCCCUUCUUUGUUAUAAUGGCGUCUGAAGCCGGUUAUGAAGAGAAAUUAAGUGAAGCAGAAAAGCACAAAAAGGGUAAUGGGGGAAAAGUAUUAGUCUUUUGCUUAGAAGCUGGAAAGGAUAUACAUGAGUCUGAAAGGGAUUGUCCAUACAGCAAAUUAAACUGUGAUGAAACCUAAGGCAAGGCCAUCUCUAGACGUGUACACUUAUUAAGGAAAACAGCAGUCACAGAGACCCCCAUACUUGAAUGAACUUGAAGAUUUCAAAUAUUGCAGGUUUCUUAAAUGAGUAUCUCUCAGUCCAUAAAUAAUAAUAAUAGAACCAAGAUUCCCUUGUAUGUUUUGGAGUUUCCAGCUGCUGGAGAUAUACUCAAGGUAUAUAAGCAUAAUUCUUAUGAAAGCAGUCAAUAAUGUACGCGCAAAAGUAAUGUAAUUUGUAGUUUGACUAUUCCCAUUACAGAGAAAUAAAUUCCAAAGAUUUAAGUUUUCUGUCUUCCACCAAAUAGGUAAAGCACAUAAGUUUCCAAUAUUAUUAGUGAUAAGCAACAGGAACAAUAAUGCUUGUGAAAGCCAAAGACAACAGCAAGCAAAGCAAUUGUGAUGGGUGUUUAAGCAAAUAAGUGUUGAGUUUUUAUAUGAUUUUCUAUUAUGAAGAUAGUGUAUGUGGCCAUUUGAAUUGAUCAGAAAAUUUUCUCUUUAAUUAUUAAUCAACAGGAGCAGCACUGUUUGUUAAAAAGGAUCGGUCUUGAAAAUUCUUAUUAGACAUACAUUAUGGAAAAAAGUUAAAAUUAUUGAAAUAUCUUGUUUCAAAAUUUCUAAACAUGAAACAUUUCAAAAUGUUGAAAAAUGUAUAUUAAAAGAGAUUAAAAUUAUUGAUAUAAAACAUUCCUUCAUCAGAUUUAUAAAUUUUUUUUCAGAUUAUCAACUUGCCAAAGUUUUGAGAAUUUAGCAUUUCUUUUCAGAAGAUUUGAAAACUUAUAUAGCACAUACUUUCUUUCUUCCUCAUCUUCAAAUCUACUGAUUUUCCUCUCAAGACAGAUAUUCUGAUUCCAGCUUCAUUCAUGACUGAAAUCCUCUACUACUAGUUAAAUUCAUUUUAAGGGGAAAAAAAGAAUUAACUCAGAAUAUUUGAUUAAUUCGUUAAGACUUUAAGAUUCCUGGAUGGAAUUCAUAAAGUAAAUAUCACACUUAUACCCCUAGUGAUGCCCAGAAAUAUCAUGAGACAGUGAUUGAAGUGAUAAAGGUACAUCUGCUGACCUUAACUAAAGUGUUGUAUUAGAGAAGAGAUAUUAACAAAUAUUAGUUUGAUUAUGAAAUAUUUAGACACCACGGUCAUAACAAGCGGGCAUCAAUGAGCAUUCUAUCUUGGGGUCACCAAGUGUUACCAACAGUUAUGUUUUAGGCUUGCAUUGAGUUUAGUGCCUGACUUUACCCCCGAGCUUUCUAGUUUGGGGGAAAUAAAAGGAGAGAAGGGGGAAAGAAAGAAAGAAAAUAAAAAGAUGAAACAGAACCGAAGUCUCUGGUACGUGUCUACAUUGCUACCAUUGCUAUCAAGGAAGUAAAAGUAGAGUAAGCUAAAUAAAGCUAAGCAGCAAUAGCUAGACAGUUACAAUUUUCUGGGCUAUUUAAUUAAUCUCUACACUACAGAGAAGUCACUUCUGUGAGCACAAAGUAGAUGUAGCUUAAGAGGGGUUUUUUUUUCUGGUUCGGUUUUGUUUUGUUUUGUCUUCAACUCUUCUAUUAUUGCCAAGCUUCUCAAAGUCUGUAAAUCAAAGCACUAUUAGAAACCAUAUUACACAGUAGGUGCUUAUUUCCCAGGAAAAUAUAAUUAUAUGUAAUUAUUAAUCAGACUAUUAGGAAGAAUUCAGUUUAGAUGAGUAAGUAUAAAAAAAACUUGUGAAGUGCUCUUUACCUUAUUUACAAUAUUACCCCUUACUGAUUUUAAAAUUAAAGACCUUUUAGCAUCUUUGAGAUAUUUUGACAAUAUAUAUCAUAUUUUCAUUAUGUUUUUAUUAAUCUAUGAAAACAACCCAGGUGUCUUGCCAGAACUAACCAAUGUAAAUGUUUUAUUGUAUCCUUUGUUGUAGGGUUGUAAAUGUAUAGACUGAAUAUAAUACUUUUGUAUUUAACUUAAAUUUUUUUGCAGCAAAACAGAAACAGUAUGAUCUUCUGUUUCUGUGUGUAUAGAGAACUAAAGUAGAAUGAAUGAAAUUUUCAGAAAGCAGAAAGAAAAAUAAUUAAACAUCUUAAGUAAUUCUAGGAAAGAUAAAGUUUACAUAAGAUUUGAACCUUUCUGAAUUGUUGAGGAUAUCUCCUCCAAUCAGAUACAAACAGCCAGGGCACCUCUGACCAAUCUAAAUUUUUUCUACAUGAAACAUGAAUAAAAUAUUUUGGUUUUCAUAUGACGUACAGGGUUCUUACUGACGUGAUUUUCCAGUAAACUGUUAGCACUUUCUUCCUUAGAUCUAAAUAUCUUUCCUAGCUGAUAAAUAUGGGGCAUUGGAAGACUGUGUAUUUACUUAUUCAGUAAUAGUAUUUAUUCAUUGCUCCAAGUAAAUAUCUUAAAAAUGGAUGCCUUAAUCUUGUGUGAGUGUGGAAUUUCAGAAACAUCCAAACAAGUUAGAAAUAUUCAUCUCAAUGCUGCAUUAAUGUGGUUUUGAAAAUCCACCUCCUUAAUCUGUGUUUAGGCACCAGUCUAAGUUUAUAAUUUCAGAAAAUCAUAUCCACCUUGUCUUUGCUUAUUCUUGGCCUUUUCUCAGUCUCAUUCAAUAUUCUUAUGGAUCUCACUUUUUCUUUUUUUUUCUUUUUUUUUUAACACCUUUAGAAUUUAUUAAAUGCCAGUUAGUGAAUUUCAGCAUUUGCAGUCUGGAGAGUUCUCCUCAGUGUUCUCUUGAAGAUAAGUGUAUGUAUUUGCAUAUAGAUGUAAAGAAAAUAAAAAAAUUAAGAGGUAACUUGAUUAGAGUCAGUAAGUUGCUUCAGAGAGAGAAAAUACCGGGAACUAAAUGGUUCCUUGAGCCAGAAAAAAAAAAAAAAAUAACAAAACCAGUAUAAAAAUUAAAGCCAGGUAAAUUAAAUAUAUAAAUGAAUUCCAAACAUUAGUAAUGAGGCUAAUCGCUGGUAGAAUACAGCAAAGAUAGGUGUGGUUUCUCCACUUUUCUGAUGCUUUCAAAUCAGGAUGGAACAUCUUUCUGAAAGGUUUGUGUAGUCUAAUACAGCUUAUUGGACUCAGUUCAGAUGUACCUAAGUGGCAUCCCCUAUCUAUUGACUCACCAGCUCAAAUAGUUCACUAGAAAGAAAAAUAUAAGAAUAAGUAUGUCAAAAGACCUAAUAUUUAUUUCUCAGCUGUAAUGAAAUAUCCUUGUCCAUGCUAGAAGAGCUCUUUGUUGUGAUUUGAAAUUUAAAACAUCACAAAUAAUGUGGUGUAGAAACACACAAUGCAGCAAACCACUGUCAAAUUAUAAGAGAUUGUAUUUCAAAUGAUUAGUUAAUUAAUAUCUAUCUUGUGGUAUUUACAAGACAGCAAAUAUAUGUAAUCAGGAAUCCAACACUGUUUUAGAGAAUCCUAAUCUAGGUCUGAGAAGACUGCAGUUUUUGAAUUGCAUAGCAUGCAGAAAUCAAAGAAACUCGAGUUCCUUAGAAUUUGUCAAAGGUUUGAGCAUAUGCAAGGACGUUUAACUUGGGUACAGCUAACGUGAUUCAGAAUUUAAGUCUUCUUUUAGUAAAUUAUUGGAUAUGACCUGUUAAUAUCAUUACCAAACACUUCUACAGCUCAGUAGGGUUUGAACCAUAACAAAGUUCCAAAGUUCUGAGGUUCAAACGCUGUGCAAGCAAAUUUUUUUUCAAAAUGCCUGCAAGAAUUUUUCUUGGAAUUUUUUCAAUUCAAAAAAAUGUUCUUAGAAACAUUAGUAAAAUAGAUGUUAAUUUUUUUCCACUUAUUGAAAAUGUAGUACACCUAAACCCUGUAAUAUUUCCAGUAAAUUUGGCAAACUUUAGAUUAUUUUUAUUUGAUACCUCAUAAAUUUCAAGCUUUUAAAUUAGGGCUUCUUUGUAAAAUGUGAGCACUGGGUAUAAGAGAACAUUCGUUUUAAGAAGCAAUGAAAUAUAAAUGCCGAACUAAUUCCAUAACGUAGAACAGCAUUGUCUUCCCUGUGGUUUGUUUCUACCAGAUGUCAUCUUAGAGUAAAGGCAGCAUUUUUUUUUCAUUAGAUAUUUCUGGUUAAUUUCAUUUCAUACUUUUAUCACCUGAAUUUCAUCUUCAACAAUCUAAUACUGAAGUAAUAGGCUGGUAGUGUAAGUGCUUGUAUAUGCAAGUAGUUUUAUUCAUGUAACUAUUCCUCUUGCCCGUACAGUAUAAAGUAUCCAUGGAGGACAUCAUAGUGUCAUGUGAGUGAAUAAAAUCCCUUUUAGAAUCCUGUUAUGAAAAUUAUCCUGAACUAUCCCAGUAUGGGACAUGGAUUUCUUUUCUGUGGUGGGAUCUACCUCAAAAGCUUUUGAAGCUCUGGGAGCUCAUGGAGGAUGAGGCUGUAGGCAAGAUAUCCUUGCUUUAGCUAUCAGUUCCUCUAGAGUUACGCUGCAGUUGAAUUUCCUGAUUCAAGAUUGCCCCAAGGACUCCUGGAAUGGAAGCUGGAAAAUACUGUCAAUGACCAUACAUUUUCAAAAGGGAAAGACGUCGUAGUUAUAUUUCUAGAUUAAAGUAAAAGUUGUCAGACUCUCCCAAAAUAGCAGAAAUUUUGCAUAGUUGAAUGUAUCCUUUAAGUUCUAUAGAUUUCAGAAAUUCUGCAUUCAUACAUGAGCUUCAUUCUGUGCCUGUGUUUUUUUAUUUAUUGCUCAUAUGAUUAUUUAAUAUGAACAGAAUCACUUAUAUAUUUUUACUCUUUUAUUGUUCUGUGACCACUGAAGUACUGACUACAAAAACUGUUGAAAGACGAAUGCACUAAGAGUCCCAAGAGGCAGUUGUAUUUCAGGUUUCCCAGUGUCAUCCUGUGAGGAACAUUCAUAUUUUCCUAGAGGUAAGAGGAGUUUAGCUGCCAUCUGAGUUCACAGCCUUUCCUAAUCAAAACCAAUACUUGUAGCUUAAGGCCAAAUGAUGGGGCCAAAUUCUAUCAUCACUGGAAACUCUUAUCUUUACUGCAAUAAGAUGGUAACUGGGGCACAAAAUAAUCCUAAAGACAACAGGUGGGUUGUUAUUGUGGUUCCUGUUAAACUGUAAUGUAUUUAAUAAGCUCAAAGUCCUAAAGAGUACUGACACGGUCUGAGAUUUCUGUAAUUUAUUGACUCUGACACACAGCAUCCUUAUAGAUUAAGCUAAAUUGACUUUAGAAAGAGGAGCUGUAGUAUGCUCCUGUUCACUGGUUGAUAGUGUUUCAUUAAUCUUUUUUUUCAAUCUGCAGAAGAUGAUUUUUGUCAAUCUGUGAAUUACCCAUUAGAGACAUUUAAAUCGUACAUUUUCUCUCAGAGUUCUUCCAGGGGAACCAAGCUUGUAGUAGUGUAUUUUUACUUUCUCGUUUGGCAUGCUGUAAAUACAUUCCUUUGUAAUUGGACAAAUGCUCAUCCUGAGCAACUGUCCACAGAAAAUAUGUUAUAGAAACUAUGUAGAGAUCAAAGAAUAUAGAACUAUUUCCUGCUACUUGGAGCAUCAAUAGUCAACAAAUGAAUAUAUAUAGUAUAUAGUACCCGAUGCUUAUUUUUUAUGCGUAAAGUACCUUAAGGAAUGUAUUGCUAUUAGCAGCUAACCUCUAUAAACUGGAGAAAAGCCAUGUUCUUAUACUUCUUUGUUUUCCACUUUGUUAGAAUCCACUUUUGUGCUAUGGGUAUCUUCUAGAUUUUAGGGGGAAAUAUACCAUUUCAUAAUGAACCGAAAUGGAACAAGGUCAUGGUUAUAUUCUAUACUUCUUUCAUAUCUGACAGGGAGGUGAACGAAUACAACUGACUUUUUUAAAUUCCACAUAGACCGAAUACAUUUUUAUGAUUCCUUAUCAUUCUGUUAUUCAUGUUGUGUUACAGUCCAGUGUGUUUUAGAAGACCAUUAAAGAAAUUAGUCCAACUGUGAAUCUCAUUAGUUAAGGACUCCCUAUCAUGUUCAAAUUCAGCAAACUGGCAUGAGGAACUCCACUGUCACCAUUUUUCCUCAGCAAUUCCUUGCUCUUCAUCUUUUAUUAAAAGUACAGUCACAUAGUUACCAAACUGGUUGCUAAAGGUCCAACAAAAACUCAAUUGUUGGGUGAAGAAAGGUCAAUCAACCUCUUUUACUUACCAUUUUACAUGAAGAAAACCUGUCUCUCUCUGAGUAGGAAGCAGAACCUGUGCAUUUUCUUCUAUAAUCAACUUCUGCUUGAUUCCAGACCAGAAGUAUGUGUGAUAUGGCAGAUGUAUCUGAGUGUUUUGGCAUUAUGUUUUAUAAAUAUUUUCCAUCGCUUAUCCAGAGGCCAAGUAAAGAGACUUAGUAACAUACGUAAAACAAAAAUGUUAGUAAAAAAAUGCCAUUGAAACAAUAUAAAACUCGCUGUUUCUUUUUAGUGGAUUUUACUAUGAAGAAGUCCAUCUUCAGGGUAACUUCCCAUUGGAGUGUUUGGUUUGGUUUAGUUUGUUUGUCUUAAUUAAAAGAUGAUAUUAUAUGAAAUAAUCAAGCCAACUUGUCUUGGACAAGCUCCUGUGAGGGUUUGAGUGCUACUCAGGUAAAAUAAUCUGCGUGCAUGCUCAACAGGUCUCCUUGUAACUACUGUAGCCUGAACGACACCAUUUCAUCUGCACAUAGCUCAGAAAAGGGAGAGACUUGAGAGAGAAAUUUAAUAGAUUUUCUGGUGUCAAGUUCAGAAAAGCUAUGUCAAAUAAAAUGCAGUCUUGUCAUAUUGCAGUGGUUUUGAAAGAUCAAUGAUACCUGUUGCAAAGGAAAA